UUGUUGUGACUGAGUGAGUCUGACGUCUCUUGCGGAGAUUUCCACUUCCUUGUUUCAGGAAGAAGGCUCCCUGACUCGACCGUGAAUAUAUGCACCGAAAUAUCAACUAAUAUUUUGAAUAAUAUCAGAAUAUAUCGUUUCGUUUCUACCCCUGUCUCUGAACGCAAGGAUUGUUGUAUGUAGAAUUAUCGCACAACAAAACGCAAGUCCAGUAAGUGAGCAGCGGAGUGCUUAAAAACACUUUUACAGGUCUCAGGGAAGAAAAAAAAACAAGGAAAGCGACCAGUUCCAUAGAAGGACGCUCUGAUCCAUCCACCAGUAAUGAGAAAGCAUGACUGAGGCCCCUAUCAUGUUGUGUGGGUCGUAUGCCCUUCUAGCGAGCUUCCCGGGAAUCAUAGCAGAAUGGCGGACAAGCAGGAUCGUAGCCCGACCCUGGAGGAUGCAUUUAAGGUCCUGUCCAAUGUAGGGAAAGACAGGCUGACCAGCCUCAUUCUGAAGCUGGAAUGUUCUGUCUCAGACACGGACAAGCUUGUCUAUGCCAUGGUGCUGAUGAAUCUGAAACGCAGGCAGGAAGCCCACGCUGAGCUCCAAAAGCUGGGCCACAAUCAGACGUCUGUUUACCUGGCUGGCAUGACAGCCAAGGAUGGCCAACACACGGCCUCAACCAGCAAACUGCUCUCCAGCCAAGCUGAUUUUCUCCUGGACGUGGCUCGGAUCUUUAAAGUCUUGGUGGCCGAGAGGCUCUGUGACGAGUUGCUGCGAGACAACGCCUACCUGAUUGCGAUGGAAGCAUGCAAAAACGCAGGUGGGAAAAGCAAAGUGAGCCUAGAGUGUCUGAAAGUGGAAUUCAGGACUGAGUGUGGCCCCCACCUGGAGAUAAGAGACACGGAGGAGAGCGGGGGGUCGGCUUUGAAAUCCAGCACCAGACUCUUCUCUUGGGUCAGUGGGAAGCUAAGGAGAAGUCCGGCCAUAAACAUUCACAACAGCAAAAGUCAGUCAAGGACUGAAGUCAAGAGCUCUCCGUCUUCUCUGCAAAGCCAUACAGAAAGUUCUGUUUCCUUUGCUAGUCACCUGGAGAUCAGCCAGUCUCCAACUGUGCCAUUUCUUACCGAUAGGACAAAUAAAGCAAUUUCAAACUCUUCCGUUGACAGUGCAUCUGUCAGCAGCACAGGGACAGGUCAGGGGGCUGCCAGUAUGAAUCUUGUUUUAUCUAGCGUGGACAUUCAGCCAAACCCUGUACCAAUACCACCUGUACAAGGGGAAGAAGAAAGGAAUGGAAGCAUACAUCCAGGCCCCCAGACUGAGGAUAGUAGUCGUAAUAUUGACUCUUCUGUAUCCACUGGACAGUCCUCUGCAGAACAGCCCAGUUGCAGUGAACUGAAACAGUUGCAAUCCACUGCAGAUCCGGUAAGUAAUCAGCUUGUGACUUCGAAAACCGGGCUACAGGAGGAGAGCCAAGAGAUGUCAGCCCUAGUAGAGAAGGGUUCUUCAGAGGAGGAAAAAACCUCACCCCCAAGUGUCUCACCAAAGACCUCGGUUGAGGAGUCACACCCUGAAACGAAACCUUCGGAGCCUCCAAGGAACCCAACCCCAGCCCCGACCACAGAACAAGAGGGCGAGAUGGAGAACAAGUUCUUCUCGUUUGUGAUUCUCCACGCCCAGGAGGACACAGACCAUGCCAUCAGGGUUCAGAAGACUCUCGAGCAGCUGGGUGCUGGGGAAGGAGCCACCUUCAGCGUGGACUUUGAAAUCCCUGGGAAAAGCCCCUUGACUUGCAUUCAGGAUGCCGUCAAUAACUCUGCCUUCACGCUCAUCCUCCUGACCACCAACUUCAACUCCCACUGGGCCCAGUACAAAACCAACUCUGUGCUGAUGGACUCCAUCGAGCGGCGCCACAAAUACAACACGGUAAUCCCCUUUCUGCCCAGGAGGCAUGGCCUGCCCCGAGAGAGCAUACCCUACGCGCUAAAGUGCUUAAUCCCCAUGGAGGAGAAAAGCUUCUUACCGAAAAAGGUGAAGACGACCUUCAACCAAAAAACGAUUGAGAAGCAGAGGGCCCUCUGGAGCCAGGAGCAAAAAAUCAAACAGCAGAAAGAGAAGGAAGAGCAACUCAAAGACCAGAACAAGAACGAUGAACUGUUGCUAAGCGCUAUCUGUAACGUUCAGCAGCAGCAGUGCAUGGCUUUGCAGUACAUGCAGAUGUUACAAGGAAUAAUACCACCACAGCAGCUACCAGGAGAUCCAAACCUCCAAGCACAAUAUCCACCACACCUAAACCAAAUGCCGCCUGGAUAUCCUCACUGUCCUCUACCUUUCCAGCCGGCCUUCAAUGCAGCUGGAUUGCCAUUCCCGGGAGGAAUGAUGGCUAAUUUAACAGCCCAGUUUUCACAGCAGCAGUUUUACCCAUUCCCUUUAAACCGGCAGCAGCAGGCACAGGAUCAGAACGUGGGCAGCAAUCCAGGGGCCCCCCAGCCCUGCCCGCAUCCAAACAUCAUCCAGAUCCACCACGCCAGCAACAUUCAGAUCGGAAACCAGGCCCGGAUGAGCGUCAGCGCGGCCAGCGAGAGAGACACAGACGAGGAAGACGAAGACGAAGAAGCAGUCCAGGAAAGCACAGAUCAGAGAGAGCUGCCUGGGUAAGAGGCAACACAAACGCUACAGGGUGAAUGGCACGCCUUUUAAAAAAAAAAUACAAUAAAAUGGCAACAUUUUCUGUGGGAAAGUCCUGUCCUUUUCCUUUCACUAUGCUUUACAGAUUUCAUUGACUUUGUUGCGCAUGUAAGCGCUGUUGCACCAUCAGUACUGGCUGUUCCAGCAGCUAGAACAGAUCUAAAUAAAUACAAAAUAAAAUUAGUUUUUUUCCAUUUUAUUUCUCAUGGAUGUUGUUUUGUGUUGGAAAAGCACACCUACCCAGCCAAUGUACUUGACACACCUACAUACACACCUACCCAACCAAUGUACUUUACACAUGACUAAACACCUAACAACCUGACCUUACCCAUUGCAGGCUGUAUAAUAGCACAGGAAGCAGAACUCAAAAACCAGUGUUUUUGAUUAUAUUUAUUUAUACAUGAUAUAUUUAAUAAAGCUGAUAUUUUCAGCAUGGCCUUACAAGGCAACAGCCUUCUCAAACAUGCAACUAUGCUAUUUUUAAAAGAGUAGGGGCAGCUACACCUUUAAAUAGACCCCACUACCAAAAAUAAAAUCGCUCACCACUCACUAUAAUACAGAGCAAUACAAUGCACUUUUAUACAAUGCCUUUCACCUGGGUGUCAAGGAAAGGCUGUCAAAAGCAUUCCUUGUCAGAUUAAGACUACGCCUGAAGAUUACUGAUCUCCACUAUCAGGCAGUGUUACUCACUUCUGCCUUUAGGUCUCAGUGUGAAGUGUUAUUUUUAUCCCAGCUAGCUACGACCCAUUCAGGAAACAAGCUCUUUGGAGUUCAUUGCUAGCUAGGGGUUGAGUGUCACCCUUUUCAGAAAGUGUUCUGAUUUCAAGUUGCAUGAGCAGGCUAUACUCAAGGAGGAAACCAAAUUUGCAAGUCAUUUUUCUAAAUAAUUUAAAGUACAGGCAAUACAAAGGUUUGCUUUUAGUACUAGUAUUUAUUUCUGCCUAGUAUUCUCCUUUUAAUUUGUUUUCAUAUGUGCAAACUGUAUAUUUACUAUAUAUCCUCUUGGGUCACACAUUUUUAAUUGCAUUUUGUAACCGCUUGUGUGAACCCUAUGGAGUUCGAGAAGCUGCCUAGCCAAAACUUAAAACUCAAAACAUAUGCAUUAUACAAUAGAUGCAUAGAUAGGAAACUUAACAUGGUGCAAUUAUACACAGUCACUAAAGGGGAUAGUCUCUUGACACACAGCAGUUACAUAUAGAUUUAAAGCGUAAACUCGCUCAGUUUAAAUUCUUGCUUCACACACCACCCUCUGUAUCACAUUUAUAGACUAGCCCCUCAAAAGCCAGCAUUUCUUGUGCAAUAGAUUAUGUGUUGCCAGCUACAUUUUUUUAAAAAUUGUAUUUGUGUUUGGUAAAAGGAACAAGGUCUAGUUAGUUGAUAGUAAUUUUUCUCCCUACAAAAAUGAUUGCAGGGUAAUUGCAUGUGAAAGAUUGGUUUCCACAGAACAGUAGUACACCGUUUUAUUUUAUCAUCCGUUUUCCGCUCUGCUGUUUUGAAUGGCGCUACUGCAGUCCUCUGUAUUGAACUGGGUUAUCCUUUCAGGACCUGUGCAGAUGGCAGUUCUACAACGAGGUAGAGCCCAGUGUUGCAAUUAAGCGUUGAACUGUGGAAUUCAAAAUUUGGGGGGGGGGAGCCCCUUAAUGACUGAGAGGAAAAUGGCCAUUGCUAUCAAAUACAUUUAUUUAAUUAUUCAAACAGUAUUGAUAUUUCCUAUUGACACUGAUUGGGCUACAGUACACUCAAGUCCCAGGUGGGAAACAGCAUCAUUUGAGGAACGGCGAAACGAUACAUUGCAUAUUGAUGAAUGACAGUAGCUCAUUACAAUAUUCUGUAUGUAUCAAGUUACAGACACUGUGCACAUGACUUGGGGCCAGCGCUCUUCUAUUUGACCCGACCUGUAAAACAUUCCCAGCAGGACUCACAGACCUGGAUUAGCACCAGUGUUGGACAGCCUACAAUUAUAUCUUGUUUCCAUGCGCACAGAUUGACCGCCGAUCCCAUCUGAUCCGGGUUCUCCCGCACUCAUCCUGAGCUGGUUUCACAGACCCCCAUUAGCUCUGCUCUUGGAUUACCUAACAGUAUGGCUGGUUUCACAUACCUGAUUAGAACUUAUUCUGGAAUGCCUAGGGUCAAAUUAGGUAGUCCAAGAUUUGUGCUAAUCGAGGUCUCUGAAACAAGUAAUUAGGGUAAUGUUAGGUAGUCAAAGAUUCGUGCUAAUCACAGUUUGUGAAACCAUCCUUAGCUAAGGUAGUCCUAGUUCAAACCGAGAUCUGUGAAACCAGCCAACAGUCUAGCAAAAAUAAACCUGUUAAAUCUCCAAAUAUUUUAAGACACUUUUCUAUUCAGAUCCAGGCAACCGGUAACCUUUUUUUUAGUAGUACCAGGACUUCAAAAGAAAUGAUACAGUUUGAUAUAAACUCCACUCCACUCCUAAAAUGAUAUAAUGACAUACUCCAGGGUCAGCUUUAAUUGGGUUAAUUAAAGAAAGACCAGGUUUGAAAGGAAUCAACUCUAAUCACCCCUGAGCUGACAAAGACCUUUUUAUUUUAGAACUAGUUUCUCUUUAUUACUGCUCAAGAUCUUACGCUUCAGUUUUUAAAGUUCUAGAUGUAACAUCAAAUCCUAUAUCCCUGCCAAGGACAUGAAUAGCAUUACACAUGUGUCUGUAUCAUAAACACAGACCUACACUGAGACAUUUUAUGCAUACAGGCUUGUCACAAAAUUCUCUUGUUUGGUAUGAAAAUCUUAUCUUAGCCACGUCAGUAUGACGCAUGUAUAUAAAACGAAAAUAGCAGCAGCAUUAGCACAGACAACAGAGUGUACCCAAGUACCCAAUUAUAUGGUACUCAGCAGCUACUUGUACAGUAGUCUGAAAUGUGGUCCUUCAGUGACAUGUCAAUGCAAUUUGUUUAUCGCUGGUAUUAAAACAUGCUCCACAUUCUCUUAUUACAAAACAGUCCCAUCAUUAACAAUCACUUCAUCUUAUUUCACAUCAUAUCAAAUCCAUCAGGACUCCCACAUGACUAGGGUUGGGAUGUGCAUAUUGUGAUCUGCGCCAGUUCAUGACUUUGGUGACAUCUUGCAGAAUAUAAGCCUGGCUUCUGUACAGCACAGUAUAACACAUUACAUUAAUCCCAGCUCUGCUGCAAUGCUAAAAUCCUCCAGCAUGCUAAACUACAUGCAACAAAACACUAGAAAACACCUGACAAAGCAGUGUCAAUAACAGGCACCCAGGGCGGCACUGGUUUGUGUUAAAAUUGCUGUGGAUGGAUCGAUCACAGUUCCUCAGUGAUUACGACCUCUAGUUCCUUCAUUGAAGUUGGGGAGUUAAGCACUCACAUGUCCAAGUUUGUCCAUAUAAGACAUGAAUUAGCCACAAACGGAACACCACUUGCUUCUUCUAUACAUGACUGCACUCUACAGCAUUCAGGCGUAUACCAGUAUCUGAAACAGCCUUUGUGUUUUCUGGAAGUAGAGGGUUUGCUUACCUCCGAAAAGGCAUUUUGUACCAAUCUAAACCUGCAAAAAUGUGUUCUUGUAGCUGGAAAUUCACAAAAAAAAAAAAAAAAACAACACACAAAUCAUGUUCAUUUCAAAGCAGUCAGAGGGCUUUCAUAUCAGAUCAUAAUCACUUUUAAUCCUACAUUUCAGACAAUAUUCUACUGUGUUGUUUAACAUGCAUUUUAUUGUACUACAGCAUGCACCAUUUGCAGGGUUAACAUUUGCAUAUUGGGUUAAAUAAACCGUAAAGUAAUUUGAAUUAAAUGCAGACAAUGUGCAAUUUCAUUUUCAACACAGAAUAAUUCUCAUAAUAUACACAGACCACCCCACCCCCUCCCCCCACUGUAGUGUAAAUCACACUAAAAAGCAAUGCAGACUGGAUCAAAUAAACUGUUACAACCUCCAAGGGGCCAGAGAUUUGAGAGGUGGCAUUACUGUUUGCAAAAGGAGUUUCCCUAAAACAGUUUCUGUUCCCCGUGACUCCGCCAAGAGGAGACGGCCAUUCUGAUGCACCCCUGGAUGCACAAUGAAAUUUAUGAGACACCCUUCAACUUCAGAUUGACGGGCUCAAACUGCACGCCACCGGGAUAAGCAACAGAUCUUAUUAGAGCAUUUAACAGCACAUUACUGUAAAAUGCUCUAUAAUCCAGCUGUGACUUAUCCUGGUAGGGUACGGUUCAUCAAAUCAACCCCAAAUAGUAUAUAUUCAUUGAAAUUAAUGCUGCUGAAUGUGCACAUUUUACAAUACUGUCUACUUCACACUGAAGGCACAGAACACUGCAUCCAUUUUUACAAAAUUAAAUAUUAAUAUAUUACUAUAUUAUUAUCAUUAUGAUUAUUAGUAUUAUUAUAGCCAUUGUUCUGCAAUUGCAUUAACCCACCAGGAUAAGCCUCCGACAGAUUUAAUUGAAACAUUUUUCAGCACUGAGGAAGUAACCCUGGAUUGCAUUAAACGCCUAUCUGUGUGGCUAUGGCUAAAAGCAGGUGGUUGACGCAACCCAGAGGGACCCACCAAAGCUGGGAAAUGCGCUAAUAAAAUCCAGGGGGUGGCUUAUUCCAGUGGGGUAUAAUGACAUGCUCCUAAUUAAAAACUUUUUCCUUCUCCCACUUAAAGCACAACUUUUUGUUUGCUUGUAAAACCCUACAGAGCAGCCCUAUCCUCCUCCAUGCUGCUCCUCAGCGCGCCCCAAAGGGUCCCUUAAAUCUGAGGGAACACGACUUUUUCAGGAACAGCGGCUUGAAACCUGGGUCCAGGAGACCUAGGCUGGGACAAUGUUGCUGUAUCAAACCACAAGCCUUCCCCAGUGGCCUGAAACCCAGUCUGCUGAAAGUUCCAUGCCACAGAAUGGCUUUGUGUGCCCUCAGCUUUAGAGGGAAUGUUUAAUAAAGAUUCACUCGCCCAUUCCAUAUUAUCAGGUUUACCAGACCAACAAGGAGAAAGGGGUCUGCUCUGGAAUGCUGUGGACUAUUUGAAAAGUUCAGAGAUGAAAGGGGUAGUGAAAAUGGAGCUAAUAAAUGCUAGGUACCUGGUUGCAGUAACCUUUCCUAAGCGGGUUUCUAGAAAAGAAACACACACCAAAUACAACUGGCACCGAUUUUUUUAUACAUGGAACACCACGUUUUGUUCAAUGCAGCAUAACUGAAAUCUCUCCUUAAUCGAUCCGAGUGGAAAACUGGGUUUACCGUACCUAUCCACACUAGAACCAAAUGACCCACCAGCUACUAACAGCAACACAGGCAUGGACUGAUAUUUAUUUUUACUUUAUACUCCUGUUUCACACAGUCUAUUAAAAGGCCUAUGAGUAAAGAUAUCAUGCACAUGUUGUGCUGUAGCCAGAUUUGUCCCCACUGGUUUACUUGCAAUGGGAGUGAACACACCUUUCAAGUUUCGUUGUGCUUGCUGGCCGGGUUAAAUAAAGAUCACUAUUGUAACCCAGAUCUGCCACUGUAAGUUAAGCUACACAAAUAAUUGCUCUCCAAACACCCAGCGCAAUCCUGUUUGCUGUGCUUUUUUUUUUUUUUUUUUUUACAAAUACAAAAUAGACCUCUCUUAUAAUCACUGAAUUUUAUUCAGGCACCUUAUUUCUAAUUGACAUGUUUAAACAAGAGACUCAAUGGUUACCUAGCGAUUUCUGUACUUUAGAUGAAAAACAAAGUACUAGAACUUAAAAGUGCUUCAAAUAAAAUUAACAAAUUAAAAAAAA